UGUAAUGCUGGAUGCACCCUUUGUUUUCAAGUCGACUCGUAUCGUUCAGCGUGUAUUCACUGAAUGAUCUAUAGAAGGACAAUUGCCAAGGGCUCUGUUUGCGCGGUAAUCGGUAGGUGAGAUCGGAUGAAGUAUCGUUGUGCGCCAAGCUAGAAACGUUCAAGAGAAAAGGCAUAUUCGGCCGAAAAAUGGCAUUCACUAGGAGAGCCUCUCACGCUGGUAGUUGGUACGCGGACAAUGGUUCAGAAUUGCGUAAGCAAUUAGACGAUUGGUUGAGCGCAGCAGACUUAUCCCAUGGACCUGCGAGAGCAAUCAUUGCCCCGCAUGCAGGUUACAGUUAUUGCGGGGAAUGUGCUGGUUUUGCUUACCGGCAGAUUAGUCCCGUAGUUGUCCGUAGGAUAUUUAUUCUAGGCCCCUCUCAUCAUGUGAGAUUAACAAGUUGUGCCCUUUCCUCGGUUUCCGUUUACCAAACACCAUUAUAUGAUCUACAUAUUGAUCAAAAAGUGAGAAAAGAACUCGAGGAGACCGGUCACUUUGAUUGGAUGGAUGUGAACACGGAUGAAGAAGAGCACAGCAUCGAGAUGCAGUUGCCAUUUAUCGCCAAAGUUAUGGAAGAAUUUAAGGACUCAUUUACUAUUAUCCCAAUUUUGGUGGGUUCCUUGAGUCCGGAGAAAGAAGCACUUUAUGGGAGAUUAUUAGCGCCCUAUAUGGCCGAUCCGCAGGCAUUAUUUAUCAUCUCUUCGGACUUCUGCCAUUGGGGUCAGCGUUUCCGAUAUAUUUACUACGACAGAUCAUGUGGGCCUAUUCACAGAUCUAUUCAAAAUCUCGAUAAAAUGGGUAUGAACAUCAUAGAGACUUUGAAUCCUGCGAUGUUCACCGAUUAUCUUAAAAAAUACGGUAAUACUAUAUGCGGUCGGCAUCCGAUUGGCAUUUUAUUGCAGCUAAUUAACUGUCUCAAGGGACGUACAAAUGGCCACAGGAUGAAUCUAAAGUUUUUGAAAUAUGCUCAAAGUAGUCAAUGUAACAAUAUGAAUGACAGUUCUGUCAGUUACGCUAGUGCUUCCCUGGUUGUCGAGUGAUAAAGAUAUACCAAUGAGUACGCUUAUACAUUGACAUCUGAAUAUAAACACUAUUAAAGUGGAAUGGCGUUCAACGAAGCAUGGCAGUUAACGUUUUAUCGAUUAUUAAGCGGGAUUAAGCGGGACGUCGAGAUUUUGUAAGAUGCAGGAAGAAAAAUAGCACUGGAAUAUAACCGCUGUAACUUCUAACGUUAUAUUAUUUGCGUUAUGUAGCAAUUUACACAACAGGUGUCGGGGUAAGCGUUACUUCUUUGUGUUACAUGUAACAAAUGGAAAUGUACCGUUACCGAAACUUUUUGUAUAAAUGCAUUUCGGUUUAUUACUUACAAGAGAUAUUCAGUACUUCCAGAUUUCGAUAAUGGGAAGGAGCUUAAAUAUUUCUUUGCUUUGAUUAAUGGUACAUCUGUAUAGAUGUUAGUGCAAAGUGUAUUUCACUCGCACCCGAAGAGCGGAGUUCAAACUAUUGGCAAAGAAGAGAAUAUUGUUAUCGCUUAUAUAAGAAUACAAGACUAAUUAGGAUAUAUAAUUGCAUGUACAUGUAUAAAUAUAUAUAUAUGAAUUUUGUUAUCCUUAAAUUAAAUUUUAGCUUAAAUUUUGUUACUUUUGUACUAACUCGCAUUAGCAUAAUUGAAAAAUUAAAUGUUAUAAGUUGGCUAUAGAUUAAUUUAGACUGUGAUUAUAUACAGAAUAUGCCACUGUUAUGAGGGGUAGCACUUGCUUUUGAACUUCUGUGUAUCGAAUAUUGGAAUUUUUUACUUUGGAAGGUAAAAAAUAAUCUAGAGCUCUAAAUAAAUGCACUCUUCCUCGAUCAAAUUCAAUUUGAUGCGUCGUAAAUGGAGCUGACGUAUCUUAUUUCACUACUUUAUUGCGAUCUCUUAAAUUGCAUCGAAUGCACUAAUGGGCCAAUGAAACGUUUUAUAAAAUCUCUUCUGUGCCUUUAGUAUGAAUAAUCUGCAUCGAAUUGUAUCGCGAUUGAUACAUCAAUCAAUACGAGAGAGUUAGGACUUAAAGUAUAUAUAUUUAUAUUAUUUUUUUUUUUCUUUUCAUACAAAGCAAUGGAAUGAUCUCAUAUCCUUCCUAUCCUAUAAUCUAUUGUUACCUAAGCAUAGGAAACUAAACCGAAUAAUUCGAAUAUUGUAUUAUUAUAUGGUGUAAGUCUGAAAAAAAUGGGGUCAGUAUAUAUAUUAUUGAAAUGUAUACACAAUGAGUCUAUAAAUUUUUAAGAACGUGUUUAUUUUCUCGUUACAUUACUUAAAAACAUUAUUCUGCAUACCUCAAAUAAUCAAUUAUCUCUUGAGUUAUUUUUUUUUUAAAGGAAUUUUAACUUGCUAUGAACAAAUCAAGGUACGAAACGAAUGGCAUGCAGUAAGCAAUUUGCAUUUCGCAGAGAAGUAAUCCGUGACUUUUAUUUCCUAAAAACGGGAAAAAAAAGGAAAAGAUCAUAUGGAAUUGUACACUGAUCCUGCACAUAUUGCUUUUUCUAUCUUUAUAUAUUCCGAGAUAAUAAGGUUUAUAUUUAUAUGAAAAGAAUCGUAGAGUAAUCCAUACGUACAUUGUUUCAUAAUACAUAGACGUGUAAUA